UUUUCAGGCCCCUGAUGUUUAUGGGAUCACAGACGAAGAAGGUUCUACUCACACCCCUCAAACAUUCAGCACGCCCCUUCCGAGUUUCCAACCAUGACAGGAGCAGCCGGCGCGGGGUGACAGCCAACAGUCUGAAGGAGCUGCUGGCCAAGACCCUGGAGGCGCUCAUGAUCACCACCGGACUGGUCACUUUGGUGUUGGAGGAGGAUGGCACAGUGGUAGACACGGAAGAGUUCUUUCAGACAUUAGGGGACAACACACAUUUCAUGAUCUUGGAAAAGGGGCAGAAAUGGACACCGGGUAGUAAUUAUGUCCCAGUUCGCCAGCAGCCAAAAAAAUCAGGAAUAGCCAAAGUAACCCUUGACUUGUACAAGCCAAGUCCUAAAGAUGUCAUAGGCUGUCUCAACGUGAAGGCCACCAUGUAUGAGAUGUACUCUGUGUCCUAUGAUAUCCGCUUUACCGGGCUCAGGUCCUUGCUGAGGGGUUUACUUCGGAUCCUGUCCCAUGCUGCUCAGGUUACUGGGCAGUUUCUCAUCUACUCAGGCACCUACAUGCUCCGGCUGCUGGGGGACACAGAAGAACAACGGGCUUCCCCCAAUCCACGCUCCAGGCGGAGCUACAUGAGUGGGUAGGCCAUGCACGCCGGGGGCUCGCCUGCUCCUGACUCCACGGUCCCUCUCAAGUGGCAAACUUGGAAGGUUCACAUGUCCUUGUAGACUGCAGGUCACUUUGUCAGGAGUGGGGGCUGGGGAAAGGAAGGGACUGGGGGAUUGUGCAAGAUUUAACCUGGAAGGAGGAAGGCGAGUGGGCCUCAUGGCAAGAGGACAGGACCAAACAGCAGGAAGCAGCCUCUGGGGCUCCUUUGCUCCUGAAAUAAAUGAAUCACAAGAAUUGCUUCCAAUACUUAAGUGUCAUAAUUUUUUGUGUCUCUCAUCCCUCCCUCCUUCCCUACAAGCAAAGCUUUUAUGUAGAAUUAAAACACAAGUUUCCAUUG